AUGGCAUUACGCUUGCGAAAGGAUGUCCAAAAAGCCUCGUACUACGUCUGGUUUCUUGGUGCCCAAGAAGCUAAAGGACUGAGGGGCUCCAAAGUCUUGUUACCGGCAAUCCCAAAGCUCUUAGAGAGAGCCCGGAUACAAGAGCCGCUAAAAGUCACACUACAAAUUUCACACAAAGGACUGAAAAUUAUUCAGGGUUCCACAAAGCACUUUAUUCCACAUGGCGCGAUCACGUGCUCGAUGCAAACCGAUGAUAUUGUCGCUUGUGUCCUUUUGCUGUACAAUCCGGCGACAAAGUGUCCUUUGCACGUGCACGCAUACCGCUGCGACUCGGAGGCAACUGCCAUCGCACUAAACGACCAAUUACAAAUACUGAUCAAUAGGCCAGAUAAUCAAAAGCGCUUUAAUGAAUUAGAGUCAAGAUUAGGAUAUCAGAGCACUCCAUCGUCCGUUCCAUCGUCGGAGCCAAUUCCAACGAAGCCGAAGCAAGUCACGCGUCGUUACGAGUCACCGCGACGCUUUGAUUCGUCGCUCGGCAGCGACACGGGCACAAGUACACGCGAAUCCGAAUGCAGCGAAGAACACUCGCCAACAACGGGACCAAAGAGCCCUCUCGCACAUGCCGGUUCCACGAAGCUAUUUGACUCGCUCGCCGCCGAAUUGCGAGCCAAGUUGAAUGGCAACGGACCGCCUUUGUUACUGCCGCCACGCGAUUACGACACCGUUCAUCGAUCGCAAGGGAAUUUAGCUGCCAUUGAGUUAAGAAGAUGCCGCAAUCAAUGCAUCGUCGGAAAUAACAUCAAAAACUCGAAGCAAGUCGUCUCGUCACGCGGUUCUUCAGGAAUUGGAUCCGAUUUGGCGCCCAGUCCUGAACGACAUGAUGGACAAAGUUCAAGCGACGAAGAUUGGGUCAAUGAUCACCAAGAGUCAGUUAUUAUCAUGCCAGCGACCCAAACGCGCCAUAAGAAGGAAGAAUACGCGAAACAAAGCAAGCCGAUUUCGACGUACAUUUAUCCGAGGGAGCCUGUAAGCACGAAACAUCAACGCUACCAACGUUCCUCGAGUCGCGAAAACAAUUCGAGUCCCAAGGGAUCGUUGAAUUCGCACGAAGAGGAAGUCAAACCGGUCUUAACGAAGCCUGUGCCUUUGGAAAAUCGCUUCCGAGAGGUGUUCAAGAUGAAAGAUUAUGACGACAGGAAGAAAUAUUCGUCGGAUGAGGAUAGAAUUGUGGUUGAGGAGCGUCAUCAUCAUCAAUCGAAGGGUAGACCUCAACCGAAAUAUUUGCCGGAAAUCGAGCCUGUUGAGGUUUAUAAGAAGCCUUACAUCAAAAAUGGCAAGAGAGAUGCGGAUUAUCGCGGAAAUAAGACCGACAAGCAGAAAUAUAAGGAAAUUACGGAAAAUCGUUAUCGCACUGCGUCUCCCGUUCAUCAUCAGGAGGGAUACAAGGGAUAUCGUGCUGCAAGUCCUGAACGCACAAAAAGCUUAAAACGUUAUGAAAGUCGCGGAAAAGACGUUGAACCUUCACAUCGUCGAGAUUCGUAUCGCGAACCCAUCGACGACGGAUAUCGUUACAGAAAUCGCAGCUCUGAACCGACACGUUAUCGAGAUAAUUCCUCUCCCCCGCCCUUAAUUGAAAAUUAUCCCCCUCAUAAUCCCUAUAAACAGCACGAAGCACUGCCGUAUCGCGAAUCUAUCGAUAAAAUGAUGAAAUCGCCCGUCAUGCGAUACAAAUCCUUCGCCGAAGAUUCGCGUUAUUCGCAACCCCAAGACCCAAGCAACAACAAACACUCAUGGGAAACGCGCGGAAAACGUCAUUCAUCGCAAAACGGAAGUCGUCACAGUCGCGAAAUUAGUCCGCCAGAUCUGUAUCGCGACGAUUCGCGUCAUCAUUUUGUUCAGGUGCACGCAAAACCGCACAUCAUUGACUCUAUCCCGACACCCGAAUCGACGUUGCAGAAAAAAUCGCCGCGCGAUCGCUUCCAAAAUGCAAAGGAAAAGUUUCAGGCAAUGGAACGCGAUCGCAUUCCAGACUUGCGAAAACAACCGGAACCAGUGAAGAUGCAACGCAAAGCGAUCAACGAGAUGUUUGAGCAACGCACAAGUCGGCAGCAAUAUCACUCGAAUGGAUGGAGUAGCGACGAGGAAAUUUCGCGUCCCACACGGAAUGCGUACAAAGAGUUGCCUGCGCAACCACAGCCAUAUGCGAUGGAUCCGCCCGGAAGAAUGUUGCCGUCGAAAAGUCUCGGAAAUCUCGUCAAAGGAUAUCGACACAGCUAUGCGGAGCCACGAAACUUUCCGCGAGUCAGUGGGCGUGUAGGACUCGCAGCUGUUAAUCCAUACUAAAUUUUCAGUUUAGUAAAAAAUUUUUUGGUUGACGCCAUUUUUUCUUGUUUUAUUCUAAAAAAAGACAAAUUUUCUUCGAUCCCAUUUUUU